AUGAAUAUCUAAAUUUUAUGUCUCCUCAUUCAUCUAUUUCAAUCUAUUAAUAUGUAAUAUUGGAAUCAUGAUUAUAAGACAAGACAAUUAGAAUAUCUUACAACCAAAUGAAAAAAAGGUUUAUUACAUUCAAUUACAAGAAAAAGAAACUAAGGCACAAAACUUUUAUAAAUUGAUUGCACUUCACUAAGAGAAAUUAUAAGAUCCCUCAUUUCUAUAAAUUCAAUAGUAAGAUCAAUAAUAGAUGAGAAUGCACAAUUAUAAAAACAUUCAAUAUACUGUAGAUAUAGCAAUAGGAAAUCCAAAAAACAUAUUUAAAGUUGUUUUAGAUACAGGAAGUGCUAAUUUAUGGAUAAAUUCAAAAAGAUGUUAAGAAGAAGGUUGUUUAAGACAUAAACAAUAUAAUUAUUAAGAGAAUGAAUCAUUUGUACCUUUAAAUUAAGAAUUAAAUGUAGAAUUUGGUAGUGGAAAUCUUAAAGGUAUUGUUAAUUCUGAUACUAUCUUUUUUGAAGAUAUCGUAUUACCUAAUUAAACAUUAGCUGAAAUCCAAAGUGAAAAUGGACUCAUAUUUAAAAACUUAGAUUUUGAUGGAAUAUUAGGUUUAGCUUAUCCUAAAAUGGCACCUAAAGAUUUUAAUCCUGUUUUUGACAAUAUGAUGGAAUCAAAAAUCUUAAAAAGAAAUCAAUUUGCAUUCUAUCUUGCCAAAGAUGCUAAUGAUAUAUCUCAUAGUGAAUUUACAUUAGGAGGUUAUAAUCCAUCUCAUGUUGAUGGAGAUGUUCAUUAUCAUAAUGUUAUUGAUAAAUAUUAUUGGAUGAUUAGAGCUGAUAAUAUACUUGUUGAUAAUUAAGAUAUUGGUUUAUGCAAUCCUUCAUGUAAACUUAUUGUAGAUACAGGAUCAUCUAUUAUGAGUGCUCCUUUUGAUCAUUUAGGUACAUUAUUAAGGCAAUUAAAUGUACGAUCUCAUUGUCAUGAAAUCAACACUCUACCUACUAUUACAUUUUAAAUUGAUCAAAAUGAUUAUACUUUAGAACCACAAGAAUAUGUCAAACCUACUUAUUAUGAUGGUAAUUAAUUAAAUGAAUUAAAUGAUGAUGAGGAUUUAUGUAAAUAUUAUACUCAUAUUAUUAUAGAAACUUUCAUUCAACUCAAUCAUUCUGAUUGUAUUGCAGCUUUUAUUCCAUUAGAUAUUUAAUCACCAUAAGGACCUGCUUGGAUCUUAGGUGAUAUUUUUCUUAGAAAAUAUUAUAGUAUUUUCGAUAGAGAUAACGAUAAAGUUGGAUUUGCUAAAUCAAAAAAAUGA